GCCGCUCCGCGGAGCUCCGCGUCCCGAUGAAGUUUGUCCCUUCCGCCGCUCCGUCCGUCCCCAUGGCAACGCCCCCCGGCAACAUGGCUGCCGCCAGCAGCCCCAGCGUCUUCAUGGUGGCCGUCAACGGGCAGAUCGAGAGCGGGCAGUUCCCCGGGUUUGACGACCUCUACUGCAAGUUCUGCUUCGUCUACGGCCAGGACUGGGUUCCCGCAGCGGGCCUGGAGGAGGGCAUCUCCCAGAUCACCUCCAGGAGCGACGUCGCGCCCACCACCUUCGUCUGGAACUUCCCCAUCGAGAUUACCUUCAAGAGCACCAACCCGGCCGGCUGGCCGCAGAUCGUAGUGAGCGUCUACGGACCCGACUUCUUUGGGAAUGAUGUGGUCAGGGGUUAUGGAGCUGUUCACAUCCCCUUCACACCAGGAAGGCAUAAAAGAACCAUUGCUAUGUUUGUUCCGGAGUCCACAUCCAAGCUGCAAAAGUUUACAAGUUGGUUCACGGGGAGACGACCAGAAUUUACUGAUCCAAAAGUGGUAGCACGGGGAGAAGGAAGAGAAGUAACGAGGGUACGAUCUCAAGGCUUUGUCACCAUUUCCUUCAACGUCGUGACUAAAGAUAUGAAGAAGCUGGGCUAUGAUGUGAGCCCAAGCGACAUGCAGAACCCCUCUCUGGUGCCCGCUACAGAAAGGAUUCAUAAGUAUUGAACUCAGAAGUGAGACGGUCAAAGGUACACACAGAAGUUAAGCACCGGGGAUUGCUGGGUUUUUUUUCCUUCAAAUGGAAAAUGAGUAUCUGACUCCAGUGAGAACAUUUUACCUGAGACCUUCAUUCUAAAAACAAAACACUAACCCAUAAUGCUUUGGAGUAAUUACCUAGAAUAUUAUUCUUCCAGAAGGAUACAGGUUGAAAAAUCAUAUACAUUAACGCUGUCAGAUCUGUUUAGCAUUUUUAUGCACAGUAUCGGACUAUCUCAAAGGAAGACCCACAAAGUAUUUUUGUAACAGCCUUUUUUACACUCUUUUUAUACUUCAAGAAUAGGAAGGUUUGUGGUUGUACUAAUUUUCCUUUGUUUAAAACAUCAGUGCAAUCCCAGUUCUUUUUUACUAAUAAUUUUAUGGUAGAAAUGGGAAAUUAUUGAAAUUAUUACACCUUCCAAAAAAGAAGGCAGUAUGGAAAUGUUCCAGUGAGACACACAGGCUUUUCUCUGUGCCACACACUUCUCUCUGCAAAAGCCACAGCAGGCACCUUUAUAAUCCCACGUAGUACUUAGUUUGUGCAACUAAAUAAAAUAAAAUAGUUCGUGCACUGUAGAAACAAACCCUUCCACGUUUUUAGUGCAGCAACCUGGGCUUUUGUAUUGAAGAACAAGAUCAUGGCUCUUUCAUUUCCAGAUUCUAUUUCUGCAUCAAGCUGCAGGAGGGAAAAAAAGGACAGCAGUUUAUUUUACAAGUGUUAAAGAGAUUGUGGUGUUAAAUAUAAGCCUGCUGCAUGCUUUUAACUUCUGAUAGAACAAACAGAAUUUCAUGUGCAGCGAUUGGCUAAAAAAAUAAGCCUUAAGAGAAGGAUUUGAAAUGAAAUUACAGUCUCAGCAAAUCAACUGUGUGUACUGUAUUUAGCUUCAAGUCACACUGGUUACCAGAGGCACUGUGCUGUGCAGGACAGUCAGGAGUAGCAGAAAGGACCACAUCUGCUUAAUUUGGUCCCUGCAGGCCAGCAGAUUUUGAUGUUUCACACUUGAGCUAGCCAAGGUUCUAAGCUGCAACAUUUUUAACAGCCUUCCGCCAACAUAAUUAUUCAGAUCAUACACUGCUGUGAUAGUAUGGGUUCAAAGAAGAGAGAAUAGAGUGCGAGGAAGGUGUUUGUUUAUACAGAUAACGUUCAUGUUUGCUGUAACUAGGUUUUCCCACUGCAUAACCCAAAUGAAUGACCCAAAUCAUGUAAUUUAUUAUCGGUGUGUGUAGCAGAAAUGCUAAGUCAUAGCCUGAAACAGUGAUUGAGCACCUGGUGGGAAGGCAGGGCCAACCCAAGGGAGCUCAGGUGUAUGCAAUGUUCCUGAGUGACCGGAAGGGGUGGAGCCAGGAUCUGCCCCUUCCCAGACCUCAUUUAAGGGUUGGCAGUGGAAGCAAAGGUAUCCUGCUGGAGAUUGCUGCCUACCUGAGGCUUUCCAAUGGUAAGCAGCUUUUUUUCCUUUGUUUCUGUAUCCUCUGCUGCUCUAUUUGGGUUUGUCUUUGUUUGCUGCAGCCAAAGACUUUGCCACUCAGCUGUUAUCACUGUACUUUCUGUCAUAUUAUAGUGUUAUGCUUGGUGAACCAGGCAGAUACUUAUUUAGAUUACCUAAAAACAGCAUUGGAUGGUCACUGGGGCCACUAAUAUAUCAAAAGAGGAACUCCCAGGGGAAACUCCAGGAUUCCUGGGUUUCCCACGGAUUACUGAGGAAUGGGGGCUUUGAUGGGAUGAUGGUGCUAUUAUUAAAUCCCCUUCAAAAAUGACUGACUUUUUAAAUAAGCUAGGAUAAAAUUUUUUGACCAAGAGAAGAGUAGUAGCAGCAUCUGCCGUAGCAUGGCUGCUGCUACUAACUAUUAAUGCAAAUCAUUCCUCUGAGGAAGGAUUGGAAGAUGAAAACAAGCUCUUAGAAGGCUGUACUACACAACGGGAGAAUAAAAUUACAUCUUUGAUGGAGCGAACUGCCUCACUUUCAAAUAGAGCUUUUCCCCUCUGAAAAUAAGACCCACGAUGCAUUCAAGAGUCCAGACCUGGUUAAAUUUUCAGCAGGAAUGAGGGACCUCAUACUACAACAAGCCCCUCCCAACCAGUAAGGCAUACUGGUGUCCCUCCCUUGAUCUGAAGGGAGGAGGUAUGUCCUGACCUGCAUCAGCAAAGCAAGUGGGCUAAUGCAGGCCUAUCCAGCACCAAGAGCAAACCAGGUGUAUACCAUCAAGGCACUCACCAAGCUGACGCUGCCUACAGGACACCUCAUGUCAUCAAGAGCAACCACGGGACUCAUUUUAUUGGCACAGUGGUACAGUGCUGGGCAGAAGAAAACAACAUUGAAUGGCAAUUUCACCUACUGUAUAACCUGAUGGGGCCAGACUUGAAUGCUAUAGCAAUAUUCUUAAGGCGGUCCUGAAGACAGACUCUCAGUCCCUGCAAGGGUGAACAAAAAGACUCUUUGAAACCAUACAGGACCUGAAUGAAAGGCCUAGAGACGGCAGGACCCAGUGCCCUGAAGAUGCUACAGGCAAUGUGGGCCUCCCUGCUUAGGAUCCAAAUUACGGGCACUGAUAGUGAGGUAAGACCCCAAAUGGGCAAUGAAAAUAAUCUUCUGCUCCCUGCCCCUGACAAUCUAGAACAUGGUACCCAUAAAAUAGAAUGGCCUUGGAAAGUGCAAGUAGGACCAAAGUGGUGUGGCUUACUUGCACCUGGGGGAGAUUACUGGAGAUUGGGGAAUCAGUAGUCCUCCUGGUAAUAGGUACAUGGCCUGCAAACGCCAGUCAAUGCUGAUCUUCAUCACCGAGGAGACCUUAAUCAUGUCCCUGCAGCAAAUCAGGGUCCCCCCUUUGGUCCCUGAUACAGUUCUGCAGCCUCAGUUGUCAGGGCAAAGGGUAUGAUACAGACAGCCAGGACAUGCCAAAGUGUCGACACAGGACAGGAACGCUACCUGUAUCUUGCCAUGGAAGAUGAACCUACCCCUUCUGAUACUUCUGAAACAUCUGUGCUAUUCUUCAUGAGUCUCUUUGAGUCCACAGGAUCACCAGGAGGAGCAACAUGACAUCAAGAUGCUCGAGGGUCACUGUAAGAUCAGUGUGACACCUGCAGGUGGGCUACCAAGAGUUUGAUGGAAUGAGAGCCGAACCAUCCCUGGUCCAAACAACUGUGUGCCUCCAGAACCAUUGAGGACUGGCCCAUAGAAGAACAUGAACUUCAAUCAAGAACCAAUCAUCAGUCGUCUUGUAUUUUGUCAGCCUACACCGUGAUGGGCAAAUUGUACAAAGUGUCGUGGUGUACUGGGUUGCUAUAAUGGAAAGGGCUUAUCUUCAACCUGCUCAGUCAAUGGUUCAUGCUAUGAAGGGAUGGAGUGUAACAGAAACACUAAGUCAUGGCUUGAAUGAAUGACAGAGCAUGGGGGGGGGAAGGCAGGGCCAAGCUCAGGUGCAUGCAAUACACCUGAGUGGAAGGGGUGGAGCCAGGAUCCAUCCCUUCCCAGACCUCAUUUAAGGGUUGGCAGUGGAAGUGAAGGUGUCUUGUUGGAGAUCCCUGCCUGCCUGAGGCCUUCCAAAGGUAAGCAGCUUUUUUUUUUCCCUUCAUUUCUGCACCUGUGGCUGCUGCAUUUGAGCUUGUUCUCAUUUGCUGCAACCAAAGAUUUUGCCACCCUGCUAUUAUUGCUGUACUUUCCAUCACAUUAUAGCAUUCCAGUAUGUGACAGAAGCUCUGAAGCUAUUCUCAGAUGCCUUCAGUGUGAGGACACAAAGCUGGUCCUCAGUCUGAACAGCUUCUUCUCUGACAUCUUAUCACAGCCUUUCACUGAAUCCUCUUACAAGCUACUGUUAGUGCUCUUCCUGUGGGCUGAACAAACCCCACUGUCUAAAUGUUUUUGUUUCUGUCUUUCCUGCGGCCUAGGGUUUUUGUUUGUUUGUGCCAGCAUGGCUGUUUCUAAGUCCUGAAUCAUCCAAGGUAUCAGUUUUAUGUAUUAGAAAAGCAUAAAAGUAUAUGCAGUGGUAAAAUGACUAAUUGCUUAGUCAUCUUCCUAUUUACACGUGGACCUGUAACCUCAUGUGGUUCUGAAUGCAUGUAUUAGGAGAAAAGUGGGAGAAGGGCUUACACUGAUACCACCCUGUAAGUGAAUUACCAUGGCCUUGAAACUGUAGGAAUAAAGAUAUGCAGUGUUGAGCUGCAGAGCCUCCAGAACAGAUUCUGAGUAAAGCAGCCAAUUAGAUGUG